GAUACAAGUGAUUACCUAAUGUUAUGUCAUAUAUGAGACAUAUUUGCUUACAUAUACUCAAUGUAUUAAACACCAUAUGAGGUGAUAUAUAAAAUUUAAUAAUUAUAUGCAUCAUUAACGAGACAGUUCAUGAGUUGUAUUAAUCGAGCCACCUAAUCGAGCUAGUUCACGAGCUGCACGAGCCGAACAAGGUAGAAGUCAAGCUCGGCUCGUUUAUUAACGAGCCGAACUUUUUUUUAAUCGAACAAGAUUUUAUCGAGUUUGAGACCGAGCUCAUUAACAACCCUAGAUGGAUGGGAGAACAAGCAAGCAACACAGGAAUAGGAAGAAACGGAAAUUGUUUUUUAUUACUUAAUAAAUUAAUAAAUAAAAGAGUACCCAACACUCAGCAAUUUCCUCCUUAUAAAUAAUCCAGAUCUCUCUUCCACUUCCCUUCCCCCACCACCACCGCUCUCUCUUCCACUUCCCUCUCUGUCUCUCAAAUCCUCUCCGAUCUCGCGAAAUUCACCGGCCGGAAAAUGGACAGCAAGAUCGGGCGGCCUCGGUUCGUAAUCGAAGCGGCGGAAGCCGAAUCGAUGGCGAAGCAAUCAGGAUUCGCCUCGGCGGCGGAGCUGCUCCCUUCGCUGGUGAAAUCGGCCCAGGCCCUGGCCCGCCCGCCCAUCUCCAACUACCACGUCGGCACCGUUGGGCUCGGAUCCACGGGCCGGAUCUUCUUCGGUGCCAACAUCGAGUUCCCGGGCCUCCCGCUCAACAACUCCAUCCACGCCGAGCAAUUCCUCGUCACCAACCUCUCCCUCAAUGCCGAGCCUUCCCUCCCCUGCUUCGCCGUCUCCGCCGCCCCCUGCGGCCACUGCCGCCAGUUCCUCCAGGAACUCCGCGCCGCCCCCGGCAUUCGGAUCCUCAUCACCGACGACAACAACAACCACCACCACCACCUAUCCUCCGCCGCCGAUGACAACAACCACCGCCUCCGCCGCCGGUACCAGGACCUCUCCACCAUCCUCCCCCACCGAUUCGGCCCCGACGAUCUCCUCUCCAAGGACGUUCCCCUGAUCCUCGAGCGCCACAACAACGAUCUCGCCCUCGUAAUUCCCCCUCUCCCUCUCGAGAACGGAAACCUAAAUGGCGGCGGGGGGAACCGCGGCAAGGAGGAGGAUCUGAAAUUGGAGGCGCUGGAGGCGGCGAAUCGGUCCCACGCGCCGUACAGCAAGUGCCCGUCGGGAGUGGCGCUGAUGGACUGCGAGGGGAAGGUGUACCGGGGCUCGUACAUGGAGUCGGCGGCGUACAAUCCGAGCCUGGGGCCCGUGCAGGCGGCGAUCGUGGCGUACAUCGUCGGCGGCGGGGCCGGGUACGAGAGGAUCGUGGCGGCGGCGCUGGUGGAGAAGGAAGGGGUUCCGGUGAUGCAGGAGGCGACGGCGCGGCUGCUGCUGGCGACGGUGGCGCCCAAGUGCGAGCUCAAGGUCUUCCAUUGCCGAUCGAAGCGUCAAUGAGAAACGUGUGGUUGGUAAUGCUGCGGCGAGCGAUCGAAAACUGGAAAAAAAAAUGGGUCUUUUGUUUAUUGUGAAAAAAGAAAGAAAGAGCUUUUGGGGCCAUGAAUGAAUGGCCCUUUUCUUAAUAAUAAUGGCAUGAAUUUGUGAAUGAUGAAGAUGAUGAAAUACCACUAUGGAGUUUUCUGAAUUUUUUUUUUUUUACUCUCAUUUUUGUAAAUAUAAUGAUAAAUAAUAAUGUGACAAUGGAAGAGAAAACAAUAAAAAAUAGCUUCUUUUUCUACUUUAUGUUUUGCUUUUCUGCUUUCUUUUGUUAUUCUUAAGUACAAAUAUAUAAGCAUGUCUUAUCAAUAACUUUUAAGGGGUGUU